AUAAAUCGUCACAAAGUGGCCACUUUGCAACUACCAGCGACCGCUAAAAUGUCCAGCGCCAUAGCAGCAGUUCGUCUGAACAACGCCGGUGGCAGCAAGGCGAUGCCGGUGAUCGGCUUCGGCACUGCGUCCUUCCCGUGGGGCGAUCGCCCCGACGUGACCCGCUCCGCCAUCCUCCACGCCAUCGAGCUCGGCUACCGCCACUUCGACACCGCCUCCCUCUACCUGUCGGAGGAGCCGCUCGGCGAGGCCAUCGCCGACGCCCUCCGCUCCGGCCUCAUCGGCUCCCGCGACGACCUCUUCGUCACCUCCAAGCUCUGGUGCACCGACACCAGCAGCCCCGACCUCGUCCUCCCCGCCCUAAGGAAGAGCCUUCAGAAGCUUCAGCUGGACUAUCUUGAUCUCUAUCUAAUACACUGGCCUAUAGCCAUGAACCCGACAAAAGAUUACUCAGAUCAACCUAAAUGGGAGCUGUUUCCUAUUGACCUUGUCUCAGUGUGGAAAGCCAUGGAAGAGUGUCAUGCCCUUGGCCUAACAAAGUCCAUUGGUGUCAGCAACUUCACUUGCAAGAAGUUGGAAGCACUGCUGGAUUUUGCAAAAAUUCCUCCGGCAAUAAACCAGGUGGAGGUGAAUCCUGUUUGGCAACAAAAGAAACUGAGAGAAUUCUGUGUGGCCAAGGGGAUUCAAAUCUGUGCCUACUCGCCCUUGGGAGCAAGUGGAUCUUACUGGGGCAGUAACUGGGUCAUGGAAUGUGAUGUCUUGCUUGAGAUUGCGAAAAACAAAGGCAAAACUAUCGCUCAGAUUUGCUUGAGAUGGUUGCUUGAGCAAGGAGACUGCAUGGUUGUUAAGAGCUUCAAUGAGAAGAGGAUGAAGGAAAACUUGGACAUAUUCGAUUGGGAGUUGACAGAGGAGGAGAAGCAAAAGAUUAGUCAGAUUCCUCAACGCAAAGGUCAUCCAGCUCUAGAGUUUGUAUCAGAAGAUGGGCCUUACAAAACUGUCCAAGAGCUGUGGGAUGGAGAGAUCUAAUAAGGAGAUUUAGAUCUUUCUCCUCGUUAUUUAUAGUUAAUUUCAGGUUAAGAAAUGAACAACCCCAUGAGCAUAGCUGAGUUGGUAAUCGAAUGGUAGAUUUGUAUCACAGGAGCAAAAUUCGAAUCCUUUGGGGUUCAUUCUCUUAGAAAAUAAGUUCCUUUCACCUAGAAGACAUUUAGUACCGUGACUUCUCUUCCACAAGGUCUUGGGACGAGCAAUGAAGAGACAUACGAGGUGAGCGUUAUCAUCUUGAAUUGAUCUUUUUUUAUGAAUGAAAUAAAGUAGGUUGAUAUGGAUGUUGUUUGCACUAGAAGUUUGUCAUUCAAGAUCAUCCUCUUGUAUGUCCACAAUCAAGGCACUGUAAAAUGUCUCGUUAUGUUAAAUAUGUUUAUGAAAAUCCCUUUACGAUGAGUGGGGUCGUAAUAAAGGUGCAAGUAUUUUGUUA